AUGCUGUCGUCGUUUCGAACUACGGGUCGUAAGAUUGUCGCAAUUGGACGCAACUUUGCCGACCAUGCCAAGGAACUGAACAACGCAGUACCUACGGAGCCUUUCUUCUUCUUGAAGCCGACAAGCAGCUACAUUAGCAACAACCAGGCCAUUGAGAUCCCCAAGGGUGUCAUUGCGCACCACGAAGUGGAAUUGGCUGUGGUCAUCGGAAAGACGGGCCGCGAUAUCCAGGAAAAAGAUGCUGAGAACUAUAUUGGUGGAUAUGCUCUAGCUAUUGAUCUGACGGCUCGAAACAUGCAGGACAAAGUUAAAAAAGCCGGUCUUCCAUGGUCGGCUGCAAAGGGCUUCGAUACUUUCACGCCUAUUAGCGACCUUAUUGCGAAAGAGAAGAUUUCAGACCCACACAACGUGAAUCUAUGGCUUAAGGUGGACGGAGAGACCCGCCAAAGCGGUAACACAAGCGAUAUGAUCUUCAGCAUCCCUCGCCUGAUCUCGCAUGUCUCGUCGAUUAUGACUCUCGAGCAAGGUGAUGUCAUGCUCACUGGCACUCCGAAAGGAGUAAGCCAGUUGAAGGACGGCCAGACUGUGACAUGUGGCCUUGGUCUUCCCGGCUCACCCUCCUCCCUAGCUGAACUGAAGUUCUUGGUGAAAAACCGUGUGGGUGGCUACGCAUUUGAGGGCUGA